AUGGCCUCUGCAACUACUUUCUACGACUUUUCGCCUCCCGACAAGAAAGGAAACCCCUACCCUUUGACCUCAUACAAAGGCAAAGUCGUCCUCGUCGUCAACACAGCCUCCAAAUGCGGCUUCACGCCUCAAUUUGCGGGACUCGAAAAACUGUACAAAUCCAUCGAGGAGAAACAUCCCGGUAAAUUCACCAUCCUGGGAUUUCCGUGCAAUCAAUUCGGAAACCAGGAUCCGGGAAGCAAUGAUGAAAUCCAAAGCUUUUGCCAGGUUAAUUAUGGCGUGACGUUCCCCGUGUUGGGCAAAGUUGAUGUGAAUGGGAGUAAGGCGGAGCCGUUGUUUGAGUGGAUCAAGGCCGAGAAGCCAGGUCUGUUGGGCGUGAAGAGGGUGUUGUGGAAUUUCGAGAAGGCGUUGAUCAAUGGAAAGGGUGAAGUAGUGGGGAGAUGGAGGAGUAUUACCAAACCUGAAAGCCUGGAGAGCACGAUUUUGAAGGAGAUUGAUAUUGCGAGUAAGAAUGCUACGGGUACGGAGACGGCUGCUGCUGAGGCAAAGCCGGCACCUACUGCGACGGAGAGCGCUGCUCCUGCUGCGCCUGCGGAUGAGGCCAAGUUGGCUUGA